CGUUAUUUUUUUGUCGGUAUACGAACUUGACUAUUGAGAAGAGGUACUUUAGUUUGGUGAAGAUACGUUAGACAGUGUUUCGUUUCGAUUGGGCGGUGGCUAAGGUGCAUUUUCUGUUGCGACUUACCUGACUAGGUGGGUAGAAGUUUGUACAUCGACUCAGUAUGAAUAACGGAGGUAAUACGGGGAACGGGGGAUAUGGGGGUAGAACACCACUGACGUGCUAUGAGUGUGGGAAACCUGGUCACAUCGCGCGUGAUUGUUGGUCCAAACGAGGGAGACCUCAACAACAGGAAGACGAGGUACAUACGUUUGUAAGGGAAUUAAUGGAGGAAAAGAAGGAGGAACGGAGGAAACGGGCAGAGGAAGAGCAGAGGCGUUUGAGGGAAGAGGAGGAAAGGAAACAAAAGCUCGACAUAGCGAGAAGGACAGAAGAGAUGAAGCUUCAACUCCAAGCGGAAAUUGAAGAGAAGUGGAGAAAGCAACAACAAGAGGCAGCAAUGAUAGCAAAUGAGAACAAACAAGGAACAACUAAGGACAUUAGCCCAGUGGUCACCAGGAACGCUAGCCUGAAGUUGUCACUAAGGAACAAGAUAAUCGUGAAGGAGAAGACUAAGAAGAGAUCGAGCAGGCAGUCCAAGAAACGAAGAGGAGGGAAACGUGUUGUGGAGACGAGUUCGGACAUUGACGAUAGCGGAACCACUUCCGAUGAUUCCAGUGAGGACACGGACGACGAGAUUCUGAGAAUUGCUCACAAGCUACGAGAAGAGAAACAGAGGGCGAAGGCAAAGAAGAAGUUACCCAAGAGUCGUUCGAAGAUAGAGACCAAGACGUUUGAAGUGGUCAGCGAUCUAUGGAGAUCCUUGCGGAUCGACAUGGAACAAAGAUGGACCCUACGGGAGCGGGGUAUCGGUGGAGAGGAAGCUGCGGUGGUCGAAAGACGGAUCACUUUGUCUGUUAUGCUGCUUGGGAUGACCGGCGAAAUCCGCUGGCUGUCCAAAUACCUGGACAAAGCAGAGUUGACGGAGGACCUACUCGAGCUACAGAGCGGUGGCACGUACGUAAUCGUCAGCCCGUGGCCAAAGAGGACAUAUGUGGGAUGUACAACUAGGCCGAUCAUCCACAGAUGGCGUGAACACGUGGCGGCGGCGAGAUCCAACGCACUGGGUAAAGCGCCACAACUGUAUCGCUGGAUGCGAACCUUCGGCGUGGACAAGUUCUUGGUGGUGCCUAUUAGGCACACAACGGAGCAAGACGACUUCGUCUUUGAACGGACAGCACGAGGCAGACGGACGCCCAUCCUGAAUUGGCUGGAGGAGAAGAAAGACAAGCCGGGUGAACGUUUUGAGAUCGAGUUUCUUCCAGGCAAGCACUGGAUUGAUGACUGGAAGACGCUGGAAUCGAAGUUCGGCGCAUCCGAGAUCCUGAUCGGAGGAAGAAAGAUGACUUUCAAGGAAGCGAAGAGAUUAUGCCAACAAGGUGGCAUAGCGAUUUUUCUGAAGGUCCGGAGGACAAAUACGACCACAGAACGGAACAAAGUGUUUUUGAGCAAACUGUUAAGUCAACCAGGACGGAUGUCUUCGCUCAGGGGUUUCACGACCGCAAAAUUAGACGGUUUGUAUAGGACUGCAGGGCUCUUCGGGAGGAAGGACACAUGCAACAAACUGAAGAUCACGCUAGAUAAGGUGAUUAGACAGAAGACAGGGGUGAGCGUUCGGAGAAAGGUGACUGUCAGAUACCUGUAUAGUGAUUGCGUCCUCAAAUCGCAAGUUAGGAAGAUCACCGAGAAUGUGGUAGAAGCGAAGGUGACGGAAGAAGCAGUAGCGGGUUUUGUGAAAAACAAGGUGAGGAUAGUGUGCACAAAGAACAAGACCGUGGGUGACAUCAUCAACAAUCACAAAAACUAUGCACACACUGGGACAGUCGUGUGCAGGUGUCAAGAGUUUUCUCUCGCAAAACAAGAUGGACACGUGUUGACGAGACUGUUAGAGGUGAAGGAUGUACCUGAUUUCGUGCGAAAUGCAAAGAAUGUGACCAGACCAGAUAGCACACUCAGUAAGAAGAGUUUGGAGAAAGGGAUCACUGACGCGACAGCACACCUGAAGGGUCGCUGCCAAAAGGAGGUUGAUGUGGACUCGUGUUACGGGGAGAGGACCCGGAGUAAUGACGUUUGGACAGAAAGAGAGGUUAGGACGUGGAUAGCUAGGUACGACGGUUUGGUGCUGGCACCCAUCGACCGCAACCCAGGGGAUAUUGCGCUCAUAUGCCCGGUUCUGUAUAGACAUGGGUUUGGAAAAACCUUUGUUUGGAACGCAGACUACGAGAAGACUGACAAAACGGAGGAAGAGAUCCUGAAGGUCUGCAAAGAGGACUACGCAAGAGCCGGCCUGGGAGCCGUGGGAAAAUGGAACGCAGCUGGAAAGCUUGGAAGAACCUACGUCAUACCGAAGGACAAAGACCUCCAGCGGUGGAGGCCCAUUGCACCAGCAUGCACAGACCUAGCGGGGACAGGGCAAAGGAGAUGUGCCAGAGCUUUACACUGUCUGGUUAGGAGAUUCUCCAGGAAGAACAGUUUCCAUUUUGGCUCAACCUAUGAGAUGAAGGACGAACUGCAACCAACAGAGGAGUUGUUCCAGAAGGAAGGGUACACCGCGGUGAUAUAACGAUGCUACGAUAUCAAAGAAAUGUUUUCUUCGAUAUCAUACGCUUCAGUCGUGAGCGCAGUCUCAGAAUUGCUAGCCCAUUUCGAGGAAGAUGGGUGGAAACAAGUCAGAGUAGCCAUCAGAGGUAAGCUGUGUUGUUUGUCGAAUACACGGCGGAAGUAGAGUGGGUUCAUCUCGGUGGAGUUCGACCAAAUCAGGGAUAUGGUCACGUACGAUCUGGCACAUGCAUAUAUGAUGUGGGGUCACAUUGCACGAGUGCUAGGGAUUCCCAUGGGGAAAACCUCUAGCCCGGUGUUGGCCACCAUCACCUGUGCCAUGGUCGAAUCAAGGUUUCUGCCAUCA